CGCGGAGGCAGCGCAGCGCGCGCGUGCGAGCGGCCAGCCGGCUGCAUGGCGCGCUGCGAGCGGCUGCGCGGCGCGGCCCUGCGCGACGUGCUGGGCCAGGCGCAGGGAGUCUUGUUCGACUGCGACGGGGUGCUGUGGAACGGCGAACGCACCGUGCCAGGCGCCCCUGAGCUGCUGCAGCGGCUGGCACGGGCUGGCAAGAACACGCUGUUCGUGAGCAACAACAGCCGGCGCGCGCGGCCCGAGCUGGCGCUGCGCUUCGCCCGCCUGGGCUUCGCGGGGCUGCGCGCAGAGCAGCUCUUCAGCUCCGCGCUGUGUGCCGCGCGCCUCCUGCGCCAGCGUCUGCCGGGGCCGCCCGACGCACCGGGCGCCGUGUUCGUGCUGGGCGGCGAGGGGCUGCGCGCCGAGCUGCGUGCCGCGGGGCUGCGCCUAGCGGGGGACCCCGGCGACAACCCGCGCGUGCGCGCCGUGCUCGUAGGCUACGACGAGCAAUUUUCCUUCGCCAGGUUGACCGAGGCGUGCGCGCACCUGCGCGACCCCGACUGCCUGCUCGUGGCCACCGAUCCCGACCCUUGGCACCCACUCAGUGACGGAAGCCGGACCCCCGGUACCGGAAGCCUGGCUGCUGCGGUGGAGACAGCCUCGGGACGUCGGGCCCUGGUGGUGGGCAAGCCUAGCCCUUACAUGUUCCAGUGCAUCACAGAAGACUUCAGUGUGGACCCUGCCCGCACGCUGAUGGUGGGGGACCGCCUGGAGACCGACAUACUCUUUGGCCACCGCUGUGGCAUGACCACCGUGCUCACACUCACAGGUGUCUCGAGCCUCGAAGAAGCCCAGGCUUACCUGGCGUCUGGCCAGCAUGACCUUGUGCCUCACUACUAUGUGGAGAGCAUUGCGGACUUAAUGGAGGGGCUGGAGGACUGAGCCCGCCUUCCCCGUUCCCUGAUCCCAUAGAUGGAGGGGACAGGCCAUGAGUCACUUUCAGUACCGUGAGCUUUCUGUCAUGGGUGUCUGUACCCCAGUGAAGGGAGGCUGGGAUCCAGGAAGGUUUGUGGGCUCUCAUACCCCUCCCAGCCGUGGCUGGACACUGCUCUUCAGAAGCUGUCCCCCCACAUCUUGAAGGUUCACCCUGGCCUGUCCCCACCAGGUGGCCUUAUUUCCUGCCCUGUCCACCUCCCGUCCUUGGGCCCCGAACCAAAUGAAGAUUUUUCUUCCAAUCUUGAGUUAAGGUCUUCCCGUUCUCUGGGACCUCUAGUGCCCUGUCCCUAGGUCCUUGUUGGCCAAUCAGCGGUCUAGGGAACUCCAGCCCAUUCCUGGCUGUGACAGGCCUAUGGAAAGAAAGCUGCUGGUACGGCUGGCCUGUUAGUGUCUCAGAGUGGGCCUUUAGUGGAACAAGUAGGAGCUUAAAGAAUGCCUUGUGUGUCCUGGAGCCCCAGAGCGCCAGUCAGAGGCUACGUGUCCAUCAGGACAACAAUGAAUCCACUGGCCUCUUAGAUCCCAAAUAGAACAAUCUACAAGUCCUAGAGACCUGUGGCCUUUUGACAAUCCUGGCCUGACUGGAUGAGCCAAGGGACCAGGUCUUACCUAGCAGGGCAGGGUGAUGAAUGCCCAUAAGUCUAGCACUUGGGAGGCCGAGUAUGGUGACCUGGGUUGCAGUCAGACCUCAUCUCAGAGGGUCAACCUCAAAGUCACCCCCUCCACAGACUGCUCAGUGGGCCCCUGUGUGGCCCUGGAGUGGAAUGGAGAGGUCCCCUCCCACCUCAGUAUCAUCCAGUGUUGAUGGCUUUUUCAGCUUGGAGGGGCCCUCAUGUCCCCGCCUGCAGUCAGCGUUUGCAGCGCUGCCUCUCCACCUGCCCCUUCCCAGUUAUUUAUUUAUUGUGUGCCAGUGAAGGUGGGGGCGGGGUGGGACAGUCCCACCCCCUCCACCCGUUGUAACCGCUCCUUGAACUUAAUAAAAUGUGAAUGGAAGUGU